AUGGCGGACGAGAAAAAGGCGGUGGAUCAAAAUGAAAGAAACAAAGAAAACCUUCCUGGUGUGGGUGAUCACUUUCUUGUCCAAAGGCCUGACAAUAUGUGGCAUUCUGCUGAAAUUAUUCAGAUUCGUCCAAAUGAACAGCCGGGUGGAGGAAAUGGUGCCUACGAAUAUUACGUUCAUUAUGAAGGCUUCAACCGAAGGUUGGACGAAUGGAUAGAAAUUGAUAGAUUUGACUUGAGUGCCAAAGUUGAAGACCCACAAACUAAGGAGAAGGAUCUGACAAUUACACUGACGGACCUAACAGAUGGUACUGAUCGUAAGAUAACACGUAAUCAAAAACGGCGGCAUGAUGAGAUUAAUCAUGUACAAAAGACUUAUGCAGAGAUGGAUCCUACCACUGCAGCUUUGGAAAAAGAACAUGAAGCCAUUACUAAGGUCAAGUAUAUAGACAAAAUUCAGAUUGGCAAGUAUGAGAUUGAUGCUUGGUACUUCUCACCAUACCCUGAAGAGUAUGGAAAGCAGCCUAAACUAUGGGUUUGUGAAUUCUGUCUCAAGUACAUGAAACUUGAAAGAUCAUUUCGAUAUCAUCAGUCCCAGUGUACCUGGCGUCAUCCUCCUGGAAAAGAGAUCUAUCGAAAGGGUUCCAUCUCCUUAUAUGAGGUAGAUGGGCAUGAAGCCAAACUGUAUUGUCAGAACUUGUGCCUGCUAGCCAAACUCUUUCUUGAUCACAAGACCCUCUACUUCGAUGUUGAGCCUUUUAUGUUUUACAUAUUAACAGAAGUGGAUCGACAAGGUUGCCACCUUGUGGGCUAUUUUUCCAAAGAAAAAGAGUCACCAGAUGGCAACAAUGUGGCCUGCAUUUUGACACUUCCCCCAUUCCAGAGGAAAGGCUAUGGCAAGUUUCUCAUUGCUUUUAGCUAUGAGUUGUCCAAGCGGGAAGGUUCAGUUGGCUCUCCAGAAAAACCACUCUCAGACCUGGGCAAACUCAGUUAUCGUAGCUACUGGUCAUGGGUGUUACUGGACAUCUUGCGUGACAUGCGUGGCACUUUUUCAAUCAAGGAUUUGUCACGCUUGACAUCCAUAUCGGGUCCAGACAUUAUCAGCACACUGCAGGCCAUGAACAUGGUAAAGUACUGGAAGGGACAGCAUGUUGUCUGUGUCACACCAAAGCUAGUUGAGGAACAUCUGAAAAGCGCUCAGUACAAGCAGCCACCUAUCACUGUAGACCCUCCAUGCUUGCGAUGGGAACCACCAAAGAAAAUGUCUAAAGUCUCAAAGAAAUGA